AUGUCCGAGGCCUGGGUUACACUUGCCACCCACGAUGGCUACGCUCAAGGAGCGCUCGUCUUAGCGCAUUCACUUAAAGCUGCUGGAACGACCAAGAAACUUCACUGUAUGCUUACAGAAGCGGUGUCUCCUGGCCUUCGCUCUGAAUUAGCAGCCCAGUUCGAUGAAGUGACAUACGUAAAUGUAUUGGACAGCAACGAUCAGGAAAAUCUUGCCCUGAUAAAUCGACCCGAUCUUGGUGUCACAUUCACAAAACUUCACUGCUGGCGAUUGACGCAAUACACAAAGGCCGUAUUUUUAGACGCCGAUACGAUGGUACUGCAAAAUGCUGACGAGCUGUUUGAACGACCCGAAUUCUCAGCUGCUGCCGACAUUGGAUGGCCAGAUUGCUUCAACAGCGGUGUUUUCGUUUACGUACCAAGCCUCGAAACCUAUCGCCGCCUGUUGGCAUUUGCCAUCUCUCAUGGCUCAUUUGAUGGAGGUGAUCAGGGUCUUUUGAAUGAGUUUUUCGCUGGAUGGCGCGACUUGCCGGCGAUCCACCGGCUGCCGUUCAUCUACAACAUGACAGCCGGCUCAUUUUACACGUAUGCAGCUGCUUUUAAGAGGUUUGGUGCUUCAACGAAAAUAGUACACUUUAUCGGAGCUGACAAGCCAUGGCAUGGAUCGUCAGCAGCUCAAGGUGCUCAUCUGGAAAUGUGGAGACAAAUCCAUCAGCAGAAUGUUGCUGCUUAUACGCCAUCUCCCACUGAUGAAGAAAGACUCCGAGCAUGGGAAGCUGGCCAUCCGGAUUUCAUGGGUCGUGACGCCUUUGCCAAUAUUCAGGCAGCGCUCGAUCGUGCCCUCCAAGAGUGA